GCUUCAGCUCACCCAAGAACAAUCGAGCUAGCUGGCAUAUCCUAUCCAGUUAGCUACUAGCUCACUGCUCACACAUAGCCUCUGAACUCCGAGUGGUAAGCUUAGAAGAACAAGAAGAAGCAGCAGCAAUGGCGAAGCUUUGCACAGUGCUGGUGGCAGCAAUGGUCGUGCUCGCGCUUCUGGCGAGCCCCAUUGAUUGCACCCGCAAGCUCAGCAAGCCCAGGCCAAAGCCCAAGCCGAAGCCGGUUAGCCACCGGCCGGCGCCGGCAGCCAAGGUCAGCCACAGCCACAAGCCGGCGGCGGCGCCCGCCGUCAAGGUCAGCCGCAAGCCGGCGCCUGCGGCGGCCAAGGUCCACCGCAACUGCACCGCCACCCCCUCGUCUCCGUCCACCGUGUAUGGCUCCGGCGGCUGGCUGUCCGGCGCCGGCGCGACGUACUACGGCGCCCCCAACGGCGACGGCGGCGAAGGCGGCGCGUGCGGGUACCAGACCGCCGUCGGGAAGCAGCCGUUCGACUCGAUGAUCGCCGCCGGGAGCACGCCGCUGUACAGGGCCGGCGAGGGCUGCGGCGCCUGCUAUGAGGUCAAAUGCACGACGAACGCGGCCUGCUCCGGGCAGCCGGUGACGAUCGUGAUCACCGACGAGUCCCCCGGCGGGCUGUUCCCCGGCGAGGUCGCCCACUUCGACAUGAGCGGCACGGCGCUGGGCGCCAUGGCGAGGCCCGGCAUGGCCGACAGGCUCCGCGCCGGCGGCGUGCUGCGGAUCCAGCACAGGCGGGUGCCGUGCAGGUACCCCGGCGUGAACGUGGCCUUCAAGGUGGACCAGGGCGCCAACCCCUUCUACUUCGACGUGCUGGUCGAGUUCGAGGACGGCGACGGCGACCUCAGCGCGGUGGAGCUCAUGGAGGCCGGCAGCCGGGCCUGGGCGCCCAUGGCGCACAACUGGGGCGCCACGUGGCGGCUCAACAACGGCAGGAGGCUCAACGCGCCCUUCGGCCUCCGCCUCACCUCCGACUCCGGCAGGGUGCUCGUCGUCGACAACGCCAUCCCCGCCGGGUGGAAGCCCGGGAGGACCUACCGGUCGCUGGUCAACUACCCCUGAAUUGUUCUUGCAUUGCAGUGCGUUGCCACCAAUGGAGGAGCAGUGCGCGUGGUGAUGGAUGAGAGAAAAAAAAUGUGCGUCCGGGUUUCGCGAGAGGCGGUGCCAAAGGAGGAGGAGGUUGAAGAACGAAGGGAAUGGUGUUCUUCCCUCCCUCCACGGUCUCUGCAUUUCCCCAAGUGAUGUGUGAAUCGUGCCUGUAGUUUCAGUUCUUCCUCGGCCUCCGUUGUGCUGUAUGUGGUGCAAAAGGGAGAAGCUUGAGCUGCCACAAAUGUUGCAUGCCAAGUCAUCAGAUUGUGUGUUUUUGAAUUCUGAACUUAGUGCGUACGUCGGAAGUCCUUUCGAAAUUCAGAGAAAUGAAUUGCUGCUCGGGUAAUUUCAACAA